UUUCUGUCUCUGAAAUCAUUGUGCCCGGAAACGUUAUUCCCGCCGGAGAAAGAAAAAGAUUACGAUUUCGGAGCAGAGCAGAAGAGUGGUAGAUAUGGUAAUGUCACCGGUGGUUAACACGUACCCAUUGUCGAGCUACACAUUUGGUACCAAAGAGCCCAAGAUGGAGAAGGACACGUCUGUCGCGGAUCGCCUUGCUCGCAUGAGAGUCAAUUAUAUGAAAGAGGGUGUGAGGACAAGCGUUGAAGCAAUUUUACUGGUUCAAGAACAUAAUCAUCCUCACAUUCUUCUUCUGCAAAUUGGGAACACGUUCUGCAAACUUCCUGGUGGACGCCUGAAGCCCGGAGAGAACGAGAUUGAGGGUUUGAAAAGGAAGCUGACUAGCAAGCUUGGAGCUAAUUCACCUGCUCUUGUGCCAGACUGGCAGAUCGGUGAGUGCGUGGCCAUCUGGUGGAGGCCCAACUUUGAGACUAUAAUGUAUCCAUAUUGUCCUCCCCACAUAACCAAACCUAAGGAGUGCAAGAAACUUUUCCUUGUCCAUCUGUCCGAGAAAGAGUACUUUGCAGUACCAAAAAAUUUGAAACUUCUUGCAGUACCAUUGUUUGAGCUUUACGAUAAUGUUCAGAGAUAUGGACCUGUGAUAUCAACCAUUCCCCAGCAGCUUUCUAGAUUCCAGUUCAACAUGAUUACUACAUGACUUUGGCAUGGAUGCUUACCUCCUG